AUGACUGCAUGUACUCACAACGCACGCACGCUUGCAUCGGAUGCGGCCAUUGAAGAUCUGAUGAAACCCAAGAAGUUUAAGUACGACGUCAUCGGACUAACCAAGACGAAACGACGCCACCCACUGAACGCCGUGUAUGAUACUGGAGAAGAACUGUUCUUAGGAACAUGCGGCAGUAGAGGAGUUGGUGGAGUUGAGCCGUCUUCAAUACGAAUAUGGAAAAGAACAUCGACUCUUUCAAACAACUUACAACCCGAAGCGGAAGUCUGCGGAUGA